AUGGCGGGCGCGACGGACUACGCGAAGGAGCUUCUGCGGAGGCAGUUUCUAGAAAUGAGUCGUAACCCGCCUGAGGGCGUAUCUGUGGGCUUGGGUGACGACGAAAACAUUUUCAAUUGGGAGAUCCUGCUGGUUGGUCCGCCUGAUACGCUGUACGAAGGUGGAUUCUUCAAGGCAGUGCUCGAGUUUCCAUCGGACUUUCCCAAUAUGCCGCCCAAGAUGACGUUUAAGUCAGAGAUGUGGCAUCCCAAUGUGUACCCGAACGGCGUGGUAUGCAUCUCGAUCCUUCAUCCUCCUGGAGAGGACCAGUUGAACCAGCAGGAGACAGCGGACGAGCGAUGGCGUCCAAUUCUCGGCGUCGAGUCUAUCCUAGUGUCGGUCAUCUCUAUGCUGUCAGACCCGAACGACGACUCGCCAGCUAAUAUCGACGCAGCGGUGGAGUGGAGAAGCGACAAGGAUGGCUUCAAGAAGCACUGCCGUCGUAUCGUUCGGAAGUCGCAGGAGGAUAUCUAG